AUGACUGGACAGGUCAUCUUACACCAGGCAAGUGUGUCAUCGUCAGCACCCGCAUCAGGUGGCAGCGAUGCUGUAACUCCAGUCCCACCCUCUUCUGUUCCCUGUGGGUACCAGAACGUAGGCUGUAUUAACAAUGAGAAAGCUGGGACAGAGCAGUGCAAAGGCUCUGUUCUGCUCUUCACUCAGCUCUGGACCUUAGCCCAUUGGACAGUGCCGCCUGAGUUCAUGGUGGCUCUCCUUGCUCAGGUUCCUCUGUUUGGUCUCCGCUUUUUAUUGGAAAAGGUUGGGUCCAGUGUCUUGCCAUGGAGUCUAGUUUUGCCAAGAACCCUUCAUCCUUCUGUCUUGGCUAGACCCAUCCUAGAAUUCAACAACCCUCAUAUCCAAAAGAAAGCAGUUGGCUACCCUCAGAAUAGUCGCGAUGCUAUUACACCAGUGGACAGGAGUAACUGGCAGGAAGGCAGCGCAUUUAAAGUCCAGUUGGAUUUCACUUGGACCAAAGAGGAGGCUGCCCGGAUGCUAUUGAUCCCCAGCACUCAGCAGUGCAAACGCCCUUGGUGUGAAUGCAGAUUACAGACAAGAAAGAGGCUGGUUCCAAGAGAUGCUAAAGAAGCAGAACUUUUAGAACCAUUUUAUGACUUCUGUUUGGACAUGGAAGGAAAGUGGGAAGGGAUCCGGAACUUAGGAGUUCUUACUAGUUCCAGGUACCGCAGUGGCUGGGAAGGAGUUCAUAGCUUGGUAGAAGACUUCAAAACGCACAUACUGCGGAACCUGCACAAGACAUCUACCGGAAUAGGCUUUGCCCCGAUAAUAACUUACUGUAUUUCCAGAGCUGAUCUGGAAUCCUUAGACUCAGGCUUCAAGGAGGGGAGCAGGAAGUUACAGGCAGGCUCUGGAAUGAAAUUAGACCUCAGUGGCCCAGGUUUAGCAGAUCCUUACAAGGCACCCACUGUGUGCACACCAUAUGCAGCAUCCAGUCAGAGGUGGGCUCCUCACUUUCUGAUCACUCCAGGCAAGUGUCUUAUUUGGGCUGGCUCUCAGCCUCCACCCUCUCAGAAGGAGGCUUUGGAGUGCGGAGUUUCGAAUGGCUUCCGUGGUGUCCUGUUGUACCUCCAAAAAUCAUCCGGGAAGGCACUCUUUAACCUGAGCUGCAGCCAUCUCAAUCUUUCUGAAAAGGAAUAUUUUGGAUUAGAGUUUUGCAGCCAUUCUGGAAAUAAUGUUUGGUUGGAACUUCUGAAGCCCAUAACAAAGCAAGCAAAAAAUCCUAAGGAGGUUGUUUUCAAAUUUAUGGUGAAAUUUUUCCCAGUGGACCCUGGACACCUUCGGGAAGAGCUCACAAGAUAUCUUUUUACUCUUCAAAUAAAGAAGGAUUUGGCUCUGGGAAGGCUUCCAUGUAGUGACAACUGCACAGCGUUAAUGGUGUCACACAUCCUACAAUCAGAAUUAGGAGAUUUUCAUGAAGAAACAGUUAGAAAGCAUCUAGGACAAACCCGGUAUUUACCAAGCCAAGACUAUUUGGAGAGCAAGAUCAUGCAGUUUCAUCAGCAGCACAUUGGCCGCAGCCCAGCGGAAUCAGACAUUUUGCUACUGGACAUAGCAAGGAAGCUGGAUAUGUAUGGCAUCAGACCUCAGCCUGCCAGUGAUGGUGAAGGGAUGCAGAUUCAUCUGGCUGUUGCUCACAUGGGAGUUCUGGUGUUGCGGGGAAAUACAAAGAUUAAUACUUUCAACUGGGCUAAAAUUCGCAAGUUGAGUUUUAAGAGAAAGCAUUUUCUCAUCAAACUUCAUGCUAAUAUUUUGGUGUUGUGCAAAGACACUUUGGAGUUCACCAUGGCUAGCCGGGAUGCGUGUAAGGCUUUCUGGAAGACUUGUGUGGAAUACCACGCUUUCUUCAGGCUUUCCGAAGAGCCCAAAUCAAAGCCCAAAACACUACUCUGCAGCAAGGGUUCCAGUUUCCGCUACAGUGGAAGAACCCAAAGGCAACUUUUGGAAUAUGGGAAAAAAGGGAGGUUAAAGAGCCUGCCAUUUGAAAGGAAACAGUAUCCAUCUCAGUAUCACGAACGGCAGUGCAGGUCAUCACCAGACAUUCUCUCUGAUGUGUCAAAACAAGUGGAAGAUCUGAGACUUACCUACGGCAGUGGUUACUACCGAAAUGUGAAUGGAGUGCAUGCAUCUGAGCCUAUGCUAGACAGUAGGAGGAGGAACUCGGCGGUUGAGGUGACAUUUGCAGCCGAGCUGGAGCGUUCCAAACCAGAGGCAGAUCCCACAUCACUCCACCCAUCCCAAAGCACUUCCUCUUUCACCUUUAUUUAUGCAGAUUCUGUCUUUAACACUGACCCUGAUCCCAUAGACUUCUUUGAAGAACGGAGCCCUCUAAGCUCCUUCCAAACAAACUCUAAAUUUGUGGACAAUCACUUAAGCACAUCCACUGGUUUCACAAGCCAAGUGAGUCCAGCAAGGCAGCUAACAUACACCGAUGUGCCCUAUAUUCCUUGUACUAGUCAACAGGUUGAUAUUAUGCCUCCCCAAGUCUUUUUUUAUGUAGACAAACCACCCCAGGUACCCAAGUGGUCUCCAAUCAUGGCAGAGGAAAGUGUGAGAUCAGACAGCUCUAUAGAUCCCAGUGCAAUAAAACCAGCCAAAAGAAGCCCAAGGAAUAGCAGGAUAAAAAGCUUACAGCAAGACCUUCAAGAACUCCAAGAAGCUAUGGCUAGAACUAGUGGUAGAAGCGCUAUCAAUGUAGACCUAGGGGAGGAAGACCCCCAUUUAGAUGAUGCAUUUGCAUAUAACCUUCCAGAGCAAACUCCUAAACGAUCUCAGAGCCAAUCAGACAUGAAAGCUAUCCGUUUUCCUUUUGGGUCAGAAUUUAGACCUUUAGGGCCUUGCCCUGCUCUGACUCGUAAAGCAGAUCCGUUUACGUGUACAUUUGUAGAUCAGGAAUUCCCCACAGUUCUAAUGGACCAGAGCUCAGCAGAAAGGUAUAUAGCUAGUGAGUCAAGUGAUUCAGAAUCAGAGAUUCUUAAACCAGACUACUAUUCUUUGUAUGGCAAAGGAACAAAGUCACCUAGGGCCCGAAUACGCUUGUCUUCUGGUAGUCUGCAGCUAGAGGAAGAGGAUGAAGACAUGUCCUUCAUCACGUCAGGUGCUGAAGAUAGGACUUUGUUAAAACCAUGCAAUUAUUUCUUAGCUUAAAAAGAGCGGACUCUGUGAAUGUUCCUGGCCAGUUCCAGGUUACCACCUUAGGUAAGACAUAAGCACCUUUU